ACUCCCACUCCACCUGCCAUAGACAGCUGUCUAGACAGGAGACCUUUCUCUUAUCUCACAUUACCCACCUAUCUUACCACACAUCCAGUCGGUAGCACUCUCGCCGUCCCAUCGCCUACUGCUCUUAUCAUGGCGAGGGCAACGCGCUCCAGCGCUCGUCAUAUGGAGAGCAAUGGAGAUGGUUCUGCUCCGAUUUCGACUUCGACUGUCCCGCAAGAGAAAGCCAGCAUACCUAGUACUGACCACGCGGACUGUACCAACCCCGCUCUCGGCACACUUAGUGAAGCUAUAACUGAAGCCCACUCCGCUAUUGCAAAGCUUGAGGCUCUUGGACUUUCACAGCGCGAGAAAAUUCCGCUGCCUCGCUGCGUUGUUUUGGGCGAACAGUCGACUGGAAAAUCUUCAGUGAUCGAGGCCAUCUCCGGCAUCACUACUCCGCGUUCAACGGAUACUUGCACUCGCUGUGCCUUGUAUAUUCAAUUGCAGCCGACGAAAGAUCAGUGGCAUGCUCGAGUCUGUCUUCGCAAGUCAUAUGUUUGGGAUGGCAAGAAGCGCACUCGAUUUCCUUUCUGGCGCCAGACCGAAAUCGUGGAAGAGGAGUUCAAAUCUACCACCUCACUGGUAGAGUUGGAGCAUAUCAUUGCUGAUGCGCAACUGGCAACACUGACUCCGUACUCUGGCGCUGAGCCAUGCGAAUUCAGCCCCAAUGUAGUCUGUAUCUACGUGUCUUGUCCCACUUUGGAGCAACCUCUGUCGUUCUACGAUCUCCCUGGCAUUAUUGGUCAGACGGAGGAGGAUAGAAAUCAAUACCUAGUCAAGUUCGUGAAGGAUCUGGUCUGCGAGUACAUCCAGGAUUCGUUGGUUCUCGUGGUCUGCUCACUGGAGAAUGAUAUUGCGAAUUCGGUAGCAUCCGGUCUAGCACGCACACAUAAAGUCACGAAUCAUUGCAUUAGAGUCUUGACCAAACCCGACCGCCUUCCAGUGGGCAGCCGGGAAGAUAAGUUACGAGAGGUAUUAGCUGGCAAUAACUUCAAGCUGGGACACGGAUAUUUUGUGGUUAAAAACCCCGGCCAGAGUGAUCUGGACAACAAGCUCACUCACGGCGAAGCUCGAUCGAUGGAAGACCACUUCUUCACGAAUAAUGAACCUUGGGCUACAACUUUCGGCGGCUUCCACGAUCAAUUUGGGACCAAUAAUCUCCGGGCGUAUCUCUCGGACAAACUAGCAGCGCAGAUUCUGGGCAAUCUGCCUCAGAUCCGCAAGGAUACAAUUCAGCGUCUUGCACAAGUGGAGACCGACUUGAGCCAUCUACCUCAACCUCCGGCGAAUCCGAUGCGCACUGUCACCGACUUGAUACUGAACUUCUCUAAUCAUAUCGGAAAAGAGAUGCAGGCCGACCUCCGGAAUCGAAGUUGGCAUAACGAGUGGGAAAAGAUCCACCAACAACUGUUCAAGGAUCUCGAAUCAAUGAAACCGAAGUUGCGCGUUAGGGGCGACCGAGACGUUGGGAUAUUUCCUGUCUCGGCAGACAAUACGGCAGACAAUGCUAUUCUCAUCACUGACGACGAAGGUGAUACAUCCCCUGCUGCCCAGACUCCUGUUGCCGGCAUGCCUUCAACCCCCAAGAAACGGAAGUGGGAUGUAGACUCUACGUCUGAAACUUCCUCUCCGUUCAAGCGACCAGCAGCUCCAGAUGGCGAUGCAGAGGAUAAGAAGUAUAGCCAGUUUAAGAUGGUCUUCAUGCUUGAUGACAUGGCAAAGUAUCUCAAUCAGUCGAAGUCUCGUUUACCAGAUCUGCUGGAUCCGAGGGCGGUCGAGGACCUGAUUCAUGAAGCUCUCCAGCAUUGGGAAGAGCCCUUGAGGGCUUUCUUCUAUAUCCUUGGUCGUAAAAUUGAGAGCAAUGUCAAAGCCAUAUUCCAACAUCACUUUGGUCGUUGGAGCAGCUCGCCUAUCUACAAUGAAAGCUGGAAGAUUGUACUGGAAAUCUUGAAGAGCAGUCUCGCCGAACUACACAUGAUGGCUUUACACAGCCUUAACGACGAGCGCGAAGGCCCGGUUGUCUUCUUCGAAUCUACUGCCUCGGAAGAACACGAACGCAUGCGUGACUUGUAUCGGGACGCACGAACACGAUACCGAUCGUCUAUCUACCAGAAAGAAUACAGGGAGUACACUAACCGCCAUCCUGUCGACCUUGACAAAUUGCGGAGGGAUGAGAAAGUUUGGUCACUAAUUACCGCCGAGCCAUAUGAGAACGAGAUCAACUUGAUCGCUAAAGUGACUAGCUACUAUGAAAUAGCAAGUCGCCGCUUCUACGAAGCUAUUGCUAUUCGUGUGCAGAGCAAGUUCUUUAAGCGUCUCCGCACUGAUCUUCGGGAUGAGCUUGAGUCUAAUCUGGGUAUUAACGAAAUCAUGACGGGUGGGCAGCAAGCAGUGUACUUACUUGCCGAGGAUUCUCACCGCCUUGAUAUGCGCAAUCAGUUGCUCAGCACUCAGGGCACUCUUAAACAGGCAUUGGCACAUCUCGACGAGGUGGAUCACAAAUACGGAUUGGCCAAUAUGCAGGAACAGGAGCAAGAGGACGCUGCGGAUGAGAACGAUGAAUUGGCUGAGGAUUUGGAGAACUAG